CGGCAUUACUCGAACGAAAUGGAUUUCAACGCAAUUCUCGAGAAGACCAAGGCCUUCAGCAAGAAGCCCCCAACGGAGGUGUACCUGGAGUUCUAUGGCCUCUACAAGCAGAUCCACGAGGGCGAUAUUGCCAUUGAGAAGCCCGCCGAUGCCGAGGGUGCGGCCAAGUACGAUGCCUGGCUGAGCCGCAAGGGACUGUCUGUGGAUGCCGCCAAGGCUGCCUACACUGCCCUGUAUGAGAAGUACAAUCCCAUCUACGGAUAAGCUAUGGCUAGAGCCAAUAGUUUAUAGUUCCCCCGUUCCUGCAAUAAAUCUUUUUUUAACUGUUAA